CGCACAGAAUUAGAUGCAGAUCCCUAAGCGUGAACUCCCCAAACAUUCUGCUCCGCUCCUGUAAAAAAUCCUGGCGGCGCCCAUGGAUAGAGUAUCGCCCCCUGGCGAUGAAACUGCGCAUUCUUCAUCCUUCAAAUAAAAUUGCUGCUGCUGUUGUUGUUGUUCACACGCAGAAACUAAUCGAAGAUGCGACUGCUCGGCGUAGAGUUCGCCCCUCUGCGUUUGCCCCUACAUCGACGCCUGGAGACGUUGGCAACUGUCUACUACAGCCUCUCCUUCCUGUGCGUCGGUAUCUUGGGAAUCGUCAUCAAUUUUUACCUCCUGCUGUGCACCCACUUGUGCAUCUUGCCCAUCGUCUAUUUUGCCUGGUACAUCUGCGAUCUUGGUGUCUGUAACAGAGGAGGAAGGCGCAGUACCUGGACCCGGAACUGGACAAUAUGGAGAUAUCUCCGCGACUAUUUUCCAGUUGAAUUGGUGAAGACGUGCGACCUUGAUCCAACGAAAAACUACAUCUUCGGAUACCAUCCUCACGGAAUUAUGUGCGUAGGGGCUUUCUGCAAUUUUGCGACCGAAGCAACGAGGUUCAGUGAGACGUUCCCGGGCAUCACGCCCCAUCUGCUGGCUCUCCAAGGACAGUUUUGGUUCCCGUUACAUCGGGAGCUGCUUCUUAGCACCGGAAUGUGCUCUUCGACAAAAGAAAGUUUCGAAUGGAUCUUCUCGAAGAAAGGAGAAGGCAACGCCGCGGUGCUUGUCGUAGGGGGCGCUGUGGAGGCUCUGGAUGCUCACCCUGGUAGCUACAAGCUAACGCUCAACAAGCGAAAAGGAUUCAUCAGGAUGGCACUGAAACAUGGGGUAUCGCUGGUGCCUGUGUUCUCUUUCGGUGAAAACGACCUAUUCGUUCAGGCCAAAAACGAAGAAGGCACGCUUCUGCGACGCGUACAAACCAAGCUCACCAAGGUGCUGGGAUUUGCACCGCCGCUCUUCCACGGAAGAGGAAUCUUCCAGUACAACUGUGGAUGCUUGCCUUUUCGACGACGCGUCGUUACCGUUGUUGGAAAGCCUAUUCACGUGAAGAGGAAGGAGGCGCCAACUCAGGAGGACAUCGAGCAACUACAUGCGGAAUACGCUAACGCCCUCACUCAGCUGUUUUACGAACAUAAGGGCUCUUACGCACCUUCCAGUGCUCCGCUUCUCAUCGCCUGAAAUGUGUUCCCGAACGGUGUAGUUUAUCGGUUCCCUGGAAAGCUAUGAAGAACGCAAAAUGAAGUCUCACAGACUACUACUACUACUACUCUACUUCUAUUCUAUUCUAAGUGUCACAGAACUUUACGUGUAACGUACUCAUAGUUGUUCUCCAAAUAUUGUGUCCGUCGUGCUGAGAGAAUUCAGUGACUUCGCCUAUGUUCCUGAAGAUACCAGUGCAUGUUCCCGGCAGCGUUGGAAACCCAUGAAGUACUAAGAUUGGUGUCGUGUCGUUUGUGCGUCCUUCAUUCUCAGGGUUUUGAAGGUGGAUGAGGUACUUACUCCUGUCGUUCAACCCAUGAACCCAAUGCUGGAAUACUUUUGAAUUAACGGGAUGACAGCAGGCGGUUCACGGAGCUUCGCUUGUGUCGUCCUCCAUGAAUAUUUACAUAUUUACAUCUUCUAGGUCGUAAGUUCGUGCUCGAUUCAGGCUUAAUGUCAUCGUGGCAUGGAUCAGCACAGUAGCGUUGGAAACACAGCGCAAGUAAGUCAAGUUAAACGGCGGCAACCAGCAAAGUUCUGCGGCUUUUAUUGAGCUAUGGCCACCUGCCAUCCCGAAGCACUAUCGUGUAUAAACAGGCAAGGAUUGUUUGACCCACCAUUAAAAAAAAUAUGCGAAAUAAUAAUAAAAUAAGAAUGCAAUAAAGCAGCGUGACUUCGCAACA